CCUCACUAUGUCCGCUUCCUCCUCCGCGGCCGCACUGCGGCCAGUCACUCACCUGAUCUUUGACAUGGAUGGUCUCCUGCUGGAUACCGAGCAUCUCUAUACAGUAGUGUUCGAAGAGAUCUGUGGGCGUUUUGGAAAGACCUAUACCUGGGAUGUGAAAUCCUUGGUCAUGGGUAAAAAAGCCCUAGAAGGGGCACAGAUUAUUCGAGAUGUUCUAGAUCUUCCAAUAACCAAAGAAGAGUUAUUACAUGAAAGUAAAAUGAAGCAGGAGAAGAUAUUCCCUACUGCUGAAUUGAUGCCAGGGGUUGAUAAGCUGAUCCGUCAUUUACACAAACACAACAUACCCAUAGCUGUUGCCACCAGCUCAGCUGAAGUGACAUUUCAGAUUAAAACAGCCAGACACAAAGAAUUCUUUGGUCUUUUUCAUCAUAUUGUGUUGGGAGAUGACCCCGAGGUGAAGUGUGGCAAGCCACAGCCUGAUGCAUUUCUAGUUUGUGCAAAGAGAUUUCACCCUCCUGCACUUCCAGAGAAGUGUCUUGUGUUUGAAGAUUCACCACUUGGAGUCAAAGGAGCCCUGGCAGCAGGGAUGCAAGUGGUUAUGAUUCCAGAUGAAAAAUUAAAUCCAGAUCUUAAAAAGGAGGCAACACUACUGCUGAACUCCAUGGAGGAUUUCAAACCAGAACUGUUUGGUUUACCAGCAUAUGAUUAAUGCCUAAUGUCUAUGAACAUGCACUUGACUGGAGAUCAGGAAAGUGGAAUGAAAUUUUGUCAUGGUUUUAUCAUUGUUUUGCAUCUUUUCCUCUCUUCCUUAAAACUAGAGCACAAAAAUCCUGUUAACACCAAGUCUUCCACACAGUAUCUUUGAAAGUUGGCUGGAAUGUUUAUGAUUUGUCCUCAUGAUAAAUGCUAAAUUAAAGCAGAGUUUUGUCUUGUGAAGUGAAUCCAGCCUUGUUCCCUGCACAUUAUAAUGUUUUCUGGGAAUAUCACAAAACUGUUUAGACAAUUUAUUGUAACUGCAU